CCACUUUCCGGCUCGCUUUCUCCUUAACAUCUCUCCUGCCCAGAGAUGCCAACGAAACUACUGGCAGCUUUCUUGUUACUCUCAGUCUUCCAAGCGUGUUCGAGAAAAAUCGAGGAUGACGAGGACGAAGACCGCACGGUCAACCAGACGUGGGUGCUGACCUCCAAAAUGCAAGAUAGAGACGCGACCAAAAUUUUAAACCGUCUGCUGAAGGAAUACGAUAAGAAACUUCGCCCUGACAUUGGAAUGAAACCAACUGUUAUAGAUGUUGAUAUUUAUGUGAACAGUAUCGGGCCUGUGUCAUCAAUUAACAUGGAGUACACUAUUGACAUCUUCUUCGCUCAGACUUGGAUUGACAGUCGUCUGAGGUUCAACAGUACAAUGAAAAUUAUCACUCUCAAUAGCAACAUGGUUGGAUUCAUAUGGAUACCAGACACUAUCUUCAGGAAUUCCAAAAAGGCGGAUGCUCACUGGAUCACCACACCCAAUCAGCUGCUUAGGAUAUGGAAUGAUGGGAAAAUCCUGUAUACUUUGAGGCUGACAAUAAUCGCAGAGUGUCAACUGCAGCUCCAGAACUUUCCAAUGGAUGAACAUUCUUGUCCUCUCAUCUUCUCCAGCUACGGGCACCCAUCUUCACAACUGAUAGUUGCUUGGAAAAGGGAUUCUGUUGAGGUACACAAUCUGCAGCAUUGGCACUCGAUCUCCCAGUUUAGUUAUGUGGGGUUCCGGAAUACUCGAGAAGUGGUGAAAGCAGAAAGCGGGGAAUACGUCGUCAUGACGCUAUACUUCGAUUUAAGUCGAAGAAUGGGAUAUUUCACGAUUCAGACCUACAUUCCCUGCAUAUUGACUGUUGUUCUAUCAUGGGUUUCAUUCUGGAUUAAGAAAGAUGCAACUCCAGCCAGGACAGCACUUGGGAUUACGACAGUGCUAACCAUGACAACACUCAGCAGCAUAGCAAGAAAAUCACUACCAAAGGUUUCCUACGUCACUGCUAUGGAUUUAUUCGUCACUGUAUGCUUUUUAUUUGUCUUUGCGGCGUUGAUGGAAUAUGCAGCCCUCAAUUACUACACAUGCUGCAAGAAACCCACUUGUACAAGGAAGAAAAAGACAAAUUACUCUGUGCUGAACCUGGGGCCGGCCUCUUCAGUUAUUACCAUAAACAAUUCUAUGUACUGGCAGGACUUUGAGGAAGCCUGUGUAUAUGAAUGCCUGGAUGGUAAAGACUGCCAGAGCUUCUUCUGCUGUUACAAAGAAUGUAAAUCAGGCUCAUGGCGCAAAGGACGGAUUCACGUAGACAUUUUGAAAUUAGACACAUAUUCACGUGUGUUUUUUCCAACAACAUUUUUGCUAUUUAAUCUUGUCUACUGGGUUGGAUACCUUUACCUUUAA